AUCAUGACAGAUGUUCCUGUGACACCAAGUGGGACAGAGUGUAACGGGGACAGACCGCCUGAGAAUGACCAACAGCAUAUCACUCAAACCAGCAAGGGCACAGAUGAUGCAGAUGAGACUCAGCCAUACUACAGGGAUGAGCCCAGUGUUGAAGAUUUACCUGCAAGAGGAAAUCAAGAAGAGCGUGGAAACACUAUAGAAAACAUACUGCCCAAAGAGUCUGCAGAUGAGAAGAUUCUCCAUGAAAACCCAGAAGAUGACGUCUUUGUUGUUCACAAGGCCAUCAAAGAUCUUUCUCUCCAAGAAGCAAGUGCUGAGGACAUUGCAUUCAGAGAAGGGCAUCCAUGGAAGAAGAUUCCUCUGAGCAGCAGUGACCUGGAAAUGAGUACACAGAAGGAAAACAUUUUCCACCAACCUCAGGAGCAUAGAGAAGACGAGAACACGGUCUACCAGGCAACUGAAAUUGAAUGGCUGGGGUUCCGAAAAGCUAGUCAAGUUGACAUACUGCAUUCUAAAUGUGAUGAGGAACCAGAAGUUUGGAAUGAAGAAAUUAAUGAGGAAGAUGUUGACGAUUGCAAUGAUGAUGAAGAUGAAGUUCGAGUAAUAGAAUUUAAGAGGAAACACAGUGAAGGUUCUCAAUUAAAAGAGGAAAACCAUGUAAGGCAAGACUCCCCACUAAGCACUCCCAGUUCCCAGCCGGGGACUCCCGAAGAGCAGCCCGUGUUAGGAAAGAAGGGAGAUAUCUCCAGGAAUGCUUAUUCCAGAUAUAAUACGAUAUCCUAUCGGAAAAUCAGGAAAGGGAACACCAAACAAAGAAUCGAUGAAUUUGAGUCGAUGAUGCACUUAUAAACUAAGUGAAACUGAGAAACAUCAUGAGUUAUAGAAAAGCUAACUCGGUUGUGCUGAGAUAUCUUCCUUGGCCAUAUUUGCAAGAUGUGCAAGCUUAAUGUCUUUUUCACCAUAAAACAGCGUGGAAAUAACCAUAUACAAAAUUCAUUCUGGUAACCUCAAAUCAAAAAACUUUUGACUCAUUCCUGGUUGUCUGCUCUUUAAGUAUUAACUAAUAUAGCAUUAUGUGGUAAGCAUUGCCCCAGAAGCAGAUCUGGCAUGGUUUGGCUUUAAAAGUAGCAAUAGUAAGAGAGGCAGUCAAGGGAAAGAGAAGUUUUGACGUUAAUUGUUUUGGUGUCUUUCUUAUUUUUCAG